UCUUACAAUGGCGCUACUGGUGUUCAUCUGUCUGACCGUCGGCAUCGCCUCCGACUUGCCGUCCUCUGCUGCCAGCGUACUGCUACCUCUCCAGCAAGAACAACCGGCUGAGAAACAUGUCUGCCCUGAACUGGCUGGCACGUCUGGUGCGCAAGAGCUGAGCGACGACGCGAAACAUACCUGCCCAUCGCAAGAAAACAUCAUUGUUCCGAAGCCAAAAGCUCGCACUACGUUCACUUCGUUCAGGCGUUGUGAAAAUCUGGUGGGUGAGUCGAAAACCUCCAAACUCGUUCCUGGAAACUAUGUCCUCCAGUCACCCAACUACCCCGCCAACUACUCGGACAACACCAACAUUUCCUGGAGCUUCACAGUUGACGAGGACAACAUCAUCGGCAUCGAUUGUGCCGACUUCGAUGUUGAGGGAUACAACGGCCCCUUUUGCUUAUACGAUUGGCUUGAUAUAAAUGGCAAACGUUUUUGCGGAAAUAACAGCACUGUUAGGAUAGCAUCAGCUGAUUCGCUCCAUCUUCAGUUUAUAUCUGACAGCAUCUUUAACAGGAAAGGAUUCAGCUGCGACGUCGUCGUUAAGGACAAUCCCUCGCCGGAUGGUGGCUCGGGGAGCAACUGCACCUGCGGACAGGUCAACCGCACCACGCGCAUCGUCGGCGGUACGGAGACGGAGGAGAGCGAGUACCCCUGGCAGGCGGGCGUGUGGCCCGUCUACGGGGAGCGGGUCCUCCUCUGCGGCGGUUCCGUCCUCAGCAGCCGGUACGUCCUGACGGCGGCCCACUGCGUCCAGGGAACCCCCAGCGUCGUGAUGGUGAUGCUUGGCAACGUUCGCGGGAAUCCGCCUUCCGGUGAGGAGAGCUUUCAGGCCUCUCGCAUUCUCGUCCACCCAUUGUGGGAGCAGAGCAGGAUCUUCCACGACUUUGCACUGCUGCAGCUGAAUCGUCAGAUUCCGUUCAGCAGCUACGUCAGCCCCGUGUGUCUGCCGACACCCGGGGAGACAUACGAAGACCUCGUGGCCACUGCGUCGGGACUCGGUAAACUGUCCACUGAAGGACCCGUGUCCGAUGCUCUCAUGGAAGUCGAUCUAUACAUCCUGGACCCCAUAAAUUGCGGGGCGAUGAUGCACCUGCUGGAGCUCCCCUAUAACAGCUCGGUGGUGCUGUGCGCCGGCGGGACGGGGGGUAAGGGCACGUGCUUUGGAGACAGCGGUGGCCCGCUGGUGACCGAGGUCGACGGCCGGUUCGUCCUCGUCGGGAUCACCUCGUUCGGCAAGGGCGGCUGCGCCAUAGCUGACCAGCCAGCGUUCUUCGCGCGCGUCACUGGGGUGCUGGACUGGAUCGUCGAAAACACGGCCGACAGCACCUACUGCUCCUAGACGCUGUGGCGGGCGCCAUACGAGCAAGACAACGGAGGUGUACCUAACCCAUCGGAAUUCGAAUGUUUUAGUGUAAGGACUGAACAUCUGCAAAUUUACAAGGUAAUGGUGCUUCAAAUACAAUUUAAUCCAUCCCAAGA